GUUGCGGGACAGCCGGAGGGCACCACCCUUCUCGAAUGCAUCGAGACAGGGGCAGUGCCAUUCCCCGAGCGGAUGUCAUACGUUCGGUGGCUCGAAUGGCGUAAGGAGACCGGGUCGCGGCCGGUCAAACGGCGCGAUGGCCGGUCUACCUCCACGACGGAGGAGGUGGCCCUUUGGCGCAGCGUCAUGGAUUUUCUCCAUGACGUGAAGGAGGAAGAGGAAGAAGAUGAGGAAGAGGAAGAGGAGGAGGACGAUGAGGAAGAGUCCCCUCCUCCAGCGGAGGCCGUCGAUGAUCCCGACGGCAGCUGCCCUGCUGCUCCUGCAGCGCCCACUACCGGAGUCACUGGGCUGGCUGCGGUUGGAAACAGCGCGCUAGCUGUGGUUCCCUUGUCCGCCGACCGUCGGGCGGGGCUUUCGGGUCCGCCCUCGACGGCGGGAUCUGUGCCUGCUACGGCCGAGUCCCUGCAGGCCGAUUUGCGGGAGAUGUAUCGCCCGGACCAAGAACCAGUGGCGGAUUAUCUCACGCGCAUUUCCCGCAUCGUCCUGGCGCUUCGCGCGCAUGGCGUUGCGGUUUCGUCGUCGGAGCUUGAUAUGCUCACGACGAAGGCCACGCUCCUUGCGGAGGAGUUCGGCCAGGUCGGGGGCGACUGGCGCCCGACCAGGAUGGUCAGGCGUCUGCGGACCAGGUUCACGGUCGCAGCGCUUAAGGAGGGUGACGACGGCGGCGAUGUCGCCCAGAAGGAAAUCCAGGCGUCUGGAGUUCCCCCUCCGACGUUCUUCUGGGAGCGGCGGGCUCUUCUCCGCCUGCCUUCUUCUCGUUGGCUGUGGCGGGCAUCACCGAAGGCGGCCAGCAAGGAGCAGGCCCCCGCGGCCCCUCCGGGCGCGGACGGGCUUGCCCGUGGCGACUCUCCUUUGCGCGCCCGCUUGGCAGCGUUGGAGAUGGAGAUGGAAGCUCUCAAGCGCGGCUCCGAUGGGGGCGCGUCUGUCGCCGAGGGCGGGCAGGCGGCCGACCUGGCCGCUGCCCUGAAGGAGCAGACAGAGGCCUUGAAGGAGGCUCUGUCUUCCCGCAGCGUCUCGAAUUCGAUAACGACGGUCAAGACCGACUUGGUUUGGCCAACGUUAACAGACGACAAGAGUGACACGAAGGAUGUCGUCGAGGAAUUCGAAGACGUCUGUGCCCUGGCGAACAAUUGCCGCGGCAUGUCUGCGCGGGAAAAGCUCCUGGCCCUGCGGGCCCGUUGUAAAGGGUCGCGGGCCAAGACCGACACCAACGCCUAUAAGGCGGCGUCGCGCAGCGGUGAGGUCAUGUCCGACCCGGAGUCGGUUUAUCUCCGCAUUAAGAAUAAACGCUUAAUGUUCGGAGAGUCCCGGGAAGAGCGGGAAGGACGGCUGAGCGGGCAUCAGUUCGAGCCGCUCUUUGAAGCCUCGGUGGCGGACCUCGAGUCGGUCGGCCUCGGCAAGACGGCUCGUGAACUCUACUUGUCGUACCUUCGCAAGAUGCCACCGCACUUGCAGAAGGAGAUCCGCCAGGAGUGCCACAAGGUGGUCCUCGAGUAUGAACAGCGAGAGGAGAUCCGCCUCAAGGCCGCUGCCAAGGCAGCCGCGGCCAAGCCUUCUGGCGCGGCAGCUAGGGACAGUACCUUGGCGGCCGGUUCUGGCGCCAAGGGUGGCGGGAAGGGAGCAGCUAGCAAGAUCUGCUUCCACUUCCGCGACCACGAGAACUGCCCAAAGCGCGACUCCUGCCCCUUCUCCCAGGACAAGGAGCUGCGGAAGCAGGCGCUCGCAGCCAAGCGUGGGGAGAGCACCUUGGCCGCUAAGGGCGGCAAGGGCGGUGGGAAAGGAGGCGGCAAGGCGCAACUGCGCAACCAUCCGGCGUUGUGUUUGAGCCGGCAAUACAUCAGUGCCUGGACCGGGGUGGCGGCAGCCCGUGCUCCUCUCCGUGCAGAGAGGCUCGGCCUGGAGAAGUCAGACGAGACUCUGGCGGCUGUUGCGCAGCAGUCGGCCGAGCUCGUCCAGGAGGUUGGCGCGGAGGCCGCGCGGACCGUCCAGGUCGCCGCUGUCAGCGUCAUCGUCCUGAUGCUCUGCGCCGCGGCGAUUUGGUUUAUCGUGCGGGCAGUGGGCAGUCCUGCGACGUUCACUGUCACAGGGCGGAGGAAGGGGUGUGCGGGCAUUAAUUGCGAUGCCGCCGUCCGGAUGGCCGAGCAGCUGGGUCUGGUUGCUCCGGACCUGGCCACCUCAACUUCGGAGGGGCGCUGGCCCUUGCGGCUGCGCCAGCAGCGCAGGGCUCGAGGUGUCUUACUUGUCCGGCGACUCCUAUAUGUCGCGGCGGGAAUCGCGGUCCUGGGGAGGGCCCGCUCCCGGGACAAGGUUUACCUCCGGGCGUACUCCUUCGAUGCGCCCAGCAUCUUGGAGGCGCUGGAAGGAGUCUGCGCGCGGGGAGCGGCGUGCAGCUUAAUCGCUGACGCCUCCCAGUGCGGCAAGACAAAGCUCCAGUGGCAGUCGCUUAAGCGCGUCGCUACUGCCGGAGUGUCCGUCCGUCUCGCGGCGGGUCACUCCGUGCGAGACGCGUACCUCUCGGAUGGGAGAGGUGCGACUGUGGGAGCGGGCCUGAAGGGGCUGCGCCACUCGAAGGCCCUUCUGCUGGUCGGUGAGACGACAGCACAGAUCGUCGUCGCCAGUUUGAGCUGGUCGACGAGCUCGAAGGCCAAUGCCGAGAGCGGACUGCACAUUGCAGUCGCCUCUGGAGCUCCAGUGGUCACGGACUUUGUCCGUGACUUCGACAGAGUUUACUCUGGAGCUUCGGCACUUGACGACGCGAAGCCUCCGGGCCCUAAGGCGCGGGCCCAGCGGGCACUCUGCCGCGGCUUCGCUUAA